GCGGGAGCGGGGAGGUGGCCGGUCCCCGGCGGUCCCCGGCGGCGCUGCUCGGCGGGUCUGGGCGUGCUCCGCGCGCGGCACGAGUACCUCCCCGGCGCUCGUCAGGAAGUUGCUUGCGGAGGGGACCUGGCGCCCCGGGGAGGCGGAGGCCGCGCCUGCUGCCGCCCGGCGCCUCCCGGCCGCGACCUGGCCCUUCCUCCCGCGGGUGGAGCCUCGGAGGAGCCGGCGCUCCGGAGUCAGGCGGCCGGGGGUCCGGGCCUGAGCGUGCGCCGUGUUGCCCGAAAUCGGUUCUGGAGAGUGGUGAGUCAGAGGAGACCUCAGGCAGCAGGCAGCUGGGGCCAUGGCCUCCGACCUGGACUUCUCACCUCCCGAGGUGCCUGAGCCCACUUUCUUGGAGAACCUGCUACGGUAUGGACUCUUCCUGGGGGCCAUCUUCCAGCUCAUCUGUGUGCUGGCCAUCAUCGUACCUCUUCCCAAGUCCCAUGAGGCGGAGGCAGAACCAUUGGAGCCCAGAAGUGCAGAGGUGACGAGGAAGCCCAAGGCUGCUGCUCCCUCCGCCAACAAGAGGCCCAAGAAGGAGGCCAAGAAGAAGCGGUAGACGAGGAGCCUGCAGAGCCGGGCAGGUGGGCGAGGGCCUCGGGCAGCCCUCCUGGGACCUGGCGUCCCGCUCCCUCGCUCCACCCUGGGCUCAGGGUCUGGCUGGGAUGCCCUCUGACCAUAGCAAUCUGGACAGUCAUGACAGUCCCCAGGCCCCAUCUGGGCAGACCACCACUUCCUCUUCCUUCUGUUUCUGUGACGGUUUAGAGCCAAGGGGAGCACACACCCUGUGAGCAGAGAUGGUCUUAGAAGUCUGUUCAGAAGUCGAGUCAGCUCACAGAGUUACACUUUCUUACUUAUCAUUGUGUCCAGCCUUUAGUCACCCACCUUGUGGGGUUUACACUACAUUUUAGAGUCAUUAUCUAAUACUGACAAGCACCGCCCUCUCCCCCGAUCUGUGAACUGGGGAGCUCCUGCUAACCAGUCACCUUUGUCUCUGCCUGUGCCGAUGAAGCCAGGUCAGGCCUCCCCUGUGUGUUUAGUUCAAGACGCCAGGACCACUGCAGUGUUCGUGGUCUCACUGGUGCAACAGCCAGGUCUGAAAGAUGCCCGGCCUCAGAAGAAGACCAGCAGAAGACCUGCACGGGUGUAGCGUCCUGUUCUCCAGCAGAUGGACGGGAUUUGGCUGAAUGAGUGCACGUUUUUGAGCUCAAACUUUCUUUUUUUUUAAUGAUUUUAUUUUUUCCUUUUUCUCCCAAAAUCCCUGCAGUACACAGUUGUAUAUUUUUAGUUGUGGGUCCUUCUAGUUGUGGCAUGUGGGAUGCCACCUCAGCAUGGCUUGAUGAGCAGUGCCAUGUCCGUGCCCAGGAUCUGAACUGGCGAAACCCUGGGCCGCCGAAGCGGAAGGUGCACACUUAACCACUCGGCCACGAGGCCGGCCCCAGGCCCAAGCUUUCCGAGCCUCUGAAAUGGGGGCUUGUCAGUCUCAGACCAACCUGUUUUGAACCCAUCCCAGCACAUUCAAGAUGUGCCUUUUGGCUUUCAUCUGUACGCCCUCCCUGCCUCCCCACCCCCAUUCUUUCAACCUUCACUGGUGAGAAAAGGUUAUUUGGGGAAGCAAAUAUCAAUAAACUACCCUGCAUGCUGAA